AUGGAUACAGAAGAUUUAUUUGAUAAUAAUAAAAAUGUAGCAUAUGGAAAAUUUUCUAAAAAAAUUAAGGGGGCAUUUAAAAUUAGUGAUGAAGCCAUUAAAACAGAAAAAUAUAUAAUUAAUAAUAUUAAAAUAAAUAGCAAUUUAAAAAAAAAAUGCAAUAUAAAAAAGAAAUGUGAAAAUGAUAUAAUUAAUAUGAAAGAUAAAAAAAAUGAGGGAAUAUGUUCUCAUCAAAAUAAAUCUAAAUAUAAAUUAAUAAAUUAUUUAAAUAGUAUUAAAUAUAACUUGUCUAUUAAAAAAUAUUUUAAAAUGUUAGUAACGGUAUCCUUUUUAAAUUAUCUACCUUUACAUUUACGUAAUAUAUCAAAUAAUGUGUAUAUAAGCGGAACAAUUUUUAAUCUUAAAGACCCAGAGUCAUUUAAAAUUUUUCUAAUUUUGUGUAAAUCAAAAAUAUUGUUAACUUACAGAUCAAACUUCCUCUUAAAAAUUAGUAAUAGUAAUAAUUAUUGUAAAAAUACUAAUAAUAAUAAUAUUAAUGAUAAUAGUAAUGAUGACAAUAAUAAUAAUUUUAAUGAUAAUAAUAAUAGUACUAAUGAAAAUAGUAAUAGUCUUAAUGAUAAUAAUAAUAAUAAUGACAAUAAUUAUAGUAACAAUGGUAUUAAUAGCAUAUAUGAAAGAUAUAAAAAUAUUAAAGAAUUUGAAAAAACAAAAGGUAAAUGGAGAAAAAAAGAAAAAAAAAAGAAAAAAAGAUAUUAUAAGGAAAGUGUGAUAGAUUUUACAGAUAUACCAGAACAUUUUUUAAAAAAUGUUUAUUUUGAUGAUAAAGAAUGUUUUUAUAUAGAUUUAGAAAGAAUAUCAAAACAUAACACUAAUAAUUUUUAUGAUAGUAACAGCUGUAUCAGCAUGAGUAGGUAUUUUUACUGUAGUAGAGAUUUAUAUCCUAAAAUUUUAGGAAAUGAAGUUAAUAAAGACAUAUCCACAUAUAGUACAAAUGAUAGCAACAAUAGUAUUUUAUAUUUGGAUAAUUUUAAAAGUGAUUUUAGUCUUAAUGAAAAGAAUAAAAAAAAUAUUGAAGUUUUAAAUUGUUAUGAUGACGAAAAAACAAGAAUUGCUUACGUUAACAAUACUAAUAUUAAUAACAGUAAUAAUAAUAAUUAUUCUAAAUACAAAAAUAUUGAAAUAAGCAAUGAACUUUUAAAUAAUAUAAGUAAAAAUAAUAAACAAAAUGAAAAAAAUAGAACCACUGAAAAUUAUAUUCAUUAUGAAAAAAAUCAAGAAAAGAGAAAUAGUAAAUUAGAAAGUAUGCCUUUUAAUAAAAAAAAAAAUUUUGAUGUAAAUUUUAGAAUUAAAAAAAAAAAAUAUACGAUAAUUAUAAAGAAAAAAAAAAAAAAGUGGACACAAUUUGAUGAUAAUAUAAAAUAUAUUCAAAUGAGUGAUAAUGGAUGGGGAUGCAUGCUAAGAGUAGUUCAAAUGAUUUUAGCAAAUAUAUUAAUAAAUUACAAAAUAUCAAAGAAAUAUGUUUUUUUUCAUAAUUAUGGUGAUUAUUUACUUUAUAAGAAUUAUAUGAAUAAAUUAUAUAGUGAUAAAAAUGAAAAUAAAAAGAAUAGUACAAUUAUUCAGGAAAAAAAUAUACAAGGUAAUUUAUGUUCCUUUAAAAAAAUAGUAGAAAAUUGUGAUAUUACAAACAAAAUAAUAAAAAAUUUUAAUAAAAAAAUAGAAUAUGAUAAAUUCUAUGAAAAAGAAAAGAAUGAAUCGGGUUUUGUAAUAAUAAAAAUAGAAUCAAAUCUAUUUCAUAAUAAUGAAGACAACUCUUUAAUAAAUAGAAAUAUUAAAAAUUUACCUAUGGGAUUAUAUUGCAAAUCAAAUAAAAAAAUUAAUUUUUUAAUAAAAAGAAAAAAAAAAGAAAUACACGAAGAUAAAAUGAAAAAAAAUAAGUCUAGAGCUAUUUAUAUAUAUAAAAAAAAUGAUAAAACGAAAAAUUAUGUUUAUCAUCAUUUUAAGUCUUAUGAAAAUUUUUUAAAUAGUACCGAUGACAACAUUCAAAAUAUUCAUGUGAACAACUCAUUAAUAUAUCCUAUACUUUUACAAUUUAGAGAUACAGAAAAAGCUAAAUAUUCCAUACAAAAUAUUAUUUAUGAAAUUAUGAAGUGUAAAAAAAUUGAUGAAAAAGAAGUGCAGCAUUUUGUUCAUGAAUGGACAGGGCCUACUAGUAGUGCUAUGAUUAUAUCGAAUUUAAUUAAUAAAAAAAAAGUUCGUUUUGUGGGAAAAAAAAAAAAAAAAGCAAUAUAUCAUAAAAUAAAUGUAUUAGAAAAUGAUUUAAUUAAUAAAAAAAAUCCUUUUAAAAUGAAAAAUUAUGAUUUGGAAAAUUCUAAUAAUAGGAAGACUAAAAUAAUAUUUAUGAGAAAAAAAAAUAGACAAGCAUUUUUUUCUGUAGCAUUUGAAACAGGUGUAAUAUAUAACAAUAAAGUUUUAAAAUUUUUUCAAAUAAAACAAAAAAUAUCUAUAAUAAUAUGGGUAUGUCUUAAAUUAGGCAUUGAUUCUAUGAAUAUAUCAAAAUAUAAGAAAUCUAUAUUAUCAUGUUUUCUUUUAAAACAAUUUCAAGGAAUUAGUAGUGGUAAUAUUCACACUAGUGCUUAUUAUUUUUAUUCAGCAAAUGAAAACGGUCUUUUUUAUCUCGACCCUCAUAUAAAGUGCCAAAAUGCUUUUACAAGUAUAAAUAAAUAUUUUAAUUCGGAAUUUUUUACUGAUAAAAUAAAAAUUUUGCCAUGGGAAUACUUAAAUUCAUCAGUUUCCUUAAUAUUUGUUGUUGAUUCCAAAGAUGAUUAUAUGAAUCUAGUUAAAGACUUAAAAUUAAUUGAUUCUAGUAUAUUUGAAUUUUACGAUGAAGAACCUCAAUAUUCCUUUAAAAACAAAUUAAGCUAUGACACUGAUGAUUCAGGGUUAGUUCUGUUGUAA